AUGAAGACCCUCUCUCUCGCCCUCUUGGCCUCAACGGCCCUUGCAGUCCCCCACGCCCGGGCCCCAGGAAGCAAGUACCUCAUCAGCUUCGGCGACUCAUACACAGCCACUGAAUUCAACAUCACCGGAGAGCAGCCCUCAUCGUCCAACCCUCUCGGUAACCCCCCAUUCCCAGGAUGGACAUCAGCAGGCGGCGCAAACUGGAUCGGGAAUCUUGUUGGCACUUAUAACAACUCGCUUCUUCUCAACUACAACCUCGCAUAUGGCGGCGCUACUGUCAACGCCUCACUUGUUCCACCGUACUCUCCCGAGGUACUCUCGCUCAUUGACCAGGUGGCCGAAUUCAAGCAGUACCUUGCCCCACCGCCGCCAUCUGCCCCGUGGACUGCGAAUAAUACUCUUGUCGCUGUCUGGGAGGGCGUGAACGAUGUCGGUGGCGCGUGGUAUCAGGAAAGCCCAGACGCCCUAGCAACCGAGAUCCUCAACCAGCUGUUCCAGCAAAUCGAGCUUGUCUAUACCGGCGGAGCGCGCAACUUCGCCAUCUUAACCGUUCCUCCAACCGACCGAUCACCUUACAUCACCGAGGGCGAGAACGCAGAAUACACCAUCACGCACCUGAAAGCGGCCAUUGCAAGCUGGAAUACCCAGCUCACGCAGAAGGCGGAUGCCUUUGCGACCAAGCAUUCGGAUGCGGUUGUUAAGGUCGUCGAUACACAGCCCGCGUUUAACGACCUUCUUGAUGCGGGCGGUGAUGCUGCAACCUGCUAUAACGAGGACGGGGUCACUUGUCUGUGGUUUAAUGAUUAUCACCCUGGACUGGAGAUCCAGGAUGCGGUUGCACAGGCUGUUGCGGAGGCUUGGCCGGCUUUCUUUACUGUGUAG